AUGGCAAUUACGAGUGAUGAUCGUGACUCUUCAACACCAGCCGGAACAUCCAUACGAACACCUAAAAGUCCACAGACAGCACUGAAAUACUAUUCUCAAUAUCUGACCCAAUAUGAACAAUCUGAAAUUUUGGAUUUCCCUCAUAUUUAUUUUAUUGGUCCGCAUGCCAGGAAACACCAAGCUAUUGUAACAAUACCGGAUCAUCAUUAUCAACAACAAUAUCAACCACGUCCACAACCGGCCGUCCCCAACUAUGGUUACGAUGACGAGAAUGGCGAUUAUAAGAUUAUAAGACAAGAUCAUCUGAUUUAUCGAUAUGAGAUAAUGGAAUUACUAGGACAAGGGUCAUUUGGACAAGUGGUCAAGUGCUAUGAUCAUAGAACUGGUGCAACUGUGGCUAUCAAAUUGAUCAGGAACAAGAAGCGAUUCCAUGCGCAAGCAUUGACAGAAAUUAAGAUCUUACAAAAUCUGGUGGACUGGGAUCCGGAAGACAAACAUCAUAACAUUCGAAUGACGGAUUACUUUUAUUUUAGACAUCAUCUCUGUAUUGCUUUUGAAUGCAUGAGCAUGAAUCUAUAUGAAUUUAUCAAGAAGAAUAACUUUCAAGGAUUUAGUGUUGGAUUGAUUAGAAAAUUCACAAAGCAAAUUCUACAAUCUCUCAUUCUACUCUACAAGCAUCGGGUGGUUCAUUGUGAUUUAAAGCCAGAGAACAUUUUGUUGAAACAUCCUGGAAAGAAUACUAUCAAGGUGAUUGAUUUUGGUAGUAGUUGCCUAGAAACUGAACGGGUCUAUACUUAUAUUCAAAGUCGAUUUUAUCGAUCUCCUGAAGUGAUCUUGGGUAUAUCUUACAAUAUGGCUAUUGAUAUGUGGAGUGUUGGCUGUAUUUUGGCCGAAUUACAUACUGGUAUUCCGAUUUUCCCUGGUGAAAGCGAACAAGAACAACUUGGAUGUAUUAUGGAAGUCAUGGGAUUGCCGGAACGUUACCUUAUUGAACAAAGCUCUAGAAGGAAACUCUUCUUUGAUACACAAGGUAAUGCUCGUAUGGUUGUUAACUCUAAAGGAAAACGACGUCGACCUGGAACCAAAUCGUUGGCACAAGCAAUUGGAAGCAAUGAUGAACUCUUUUUAGAUUUUAUUCUGGGUUGUCUUCAAUGGGAUCCUGCUAAUCGUAUGACACCUAUGGAGGCAAUGGAACAUGAAUGGAUUCAACAACGUACAAACAAUAUAUCAUCAUCAAAUAUAGCAUCAUCAUCAUCAUCAUAUCGAUUCCCAAGGUAA